GGGGACACCUAGAAUUUUAGAACAGCGUUUUUGAACCCGGAAUAUCAUUAUUUUAAUAUUUUGUUAGUCUCCCACUGUUCUUGUUGUAACAUGGUUGUAACCAGGAAUAUAGUAAUUAGCAGGUAAAAAUUACUGGUUGUCCUAAACAAGAUUGUAUUUAGUACGUGAGCAGCCUAUCAUUGAAAUCAUGUCAUCAAGUGAAGAUAACGCCGAUGAUGUGGCUUCACCACGCAACACACAUUCGCCACGGCAGUCCGAUGAAGGAAUCUCAGAGGGUAUUUUCAGACAGCUGUUGGUAGACUUUGCAAAAUGGUAUGAUGGACUUGGAUACAUCAAUAUGCUGAAAGUUCUGUAUAAGGACCAUGUACCAAUUUAUAAUGAGUUAAAUGAGGCUACUGAGGUUAUGUCCUUACUACGUAUGUUAAUUGCGUCCGGGAACUUGAGUUCAAAAAAUCUCACUAUCCUGUAUGACACAAUAAUAGUAACUGGACAAUUUGGCUUCAAAUCAAUCAGUCUACUUCCAUCUUUUCAAAGCAUCAAGGAACGUGAAGUGUUUACAUUCACAAGGCACAGACAAAAACUAAUGAGGCUUGGAAUGACAAUGACUACAGAUGAUAUAAGAACACUUGAUGGACUAUAUAAUAUGCCGCUGUUAAAAAACUAUAGAGACAGCUGGAGUUUGAUUUUGGAUCUAGAGCAAAGGAAGGAACUUUGUGGAGGAAAGUUGGACGAAUUUACCAAAGCAUUACCUAGCAAUAGCUGGGCUGGAAAGGCUUUACCUGAAGGUAACAGUGAUGAUGGGGCUACAUCAAGCAGCUCACAUGCGCAGAAACAGCCCGAUAAAGUUGAUGAAGUGGCACCACCAAUAUCAAAAAGGCCACAUUUAGAAUCACAAGAUGUUAUUAUUAGAGAAUAUUUGCUCGCUUAUCAAAAGAAUAUGUGCUCCAAUGCCACCCGGUUCACACCGGCAAUUAUGCGUAAUAGAUACCAUGUAGACAUUGCACACAUGUUCACUGAUCUGAAACUAGUGCAGGAGAAUAACAAGGAAGAUAUACCAACAACAUUAGAGGAGGUUUUAGAGAUUGUAAAAUCUUCAUCUGCAUGUAAAGUUCUUAUAGAAGGUGAGGCAGGUAUUGGAAAAUCAACCCUCCUCAGGUAUGUUGCAUACAGCUGGGCUUCCAAUAAAUCAGAUACCUUCAAAGGUAAAAUAGUAUUUCUGGUUAAUAUCAGAAAUAUAGACAAAGGUAGAACAAUAGUAGAUACUAUUGUAAAAGAAAUAGACCUAGAGGAAUUGUUUGUUAAGACAGAUCUGCCCGAUGAUCCAAAAUUAAUCAGACGAUUUAUAAUGAAUCAUGAUGACGAUAUUGUAAUAUUAUUGGAUGGAUUAGAUGAAUUGAGAGAUGGUAGUGAGAGUCCAAUAAGCUUUUUCGAAAGACGAAAAAUGAAAAACAGCAAGGUGAUGCUUACAUCUCGAUGUGAACAAAUAGACGAGUUCAUCAAGAACAGUAACGUACAUGUGAAGGUUCAGGGAUUCAGUCGCAAUACCAUAGAAAAAUACAUUAAGAAACACUUCGAUUACAUGAGAAUGCCUGCAUUGGCUGACUCUCUUACCUUAAAGUUGCAAACCUUUAGUAGGGAUAUUAUACAUUCUAAGGUAUAUGCAAUGUGUAAGAAUCCUAUGUUGCUUCUUGCAAUCUGCAACAUGUGGGAAGAUAGGCAACAUCUUCCAAAUGAUAUAGCUGAUCUUUGUAAGGAGUUGUUUCGAUGCAUCUUGAAUCAGUUCAACAAACAAACAUGCAACAAAAUCUCUAGAUUUGAAGAUAUCCCAGAAAAUGUUGUCAAAGCUAUGCUUGUGUUAGGGAAGUGUAUGUAUGAGGGUUUAAAGGUCAACCGGCUCUACAUAAACCGAAAACAUUUGGAAGGAAAUAAAGAAAUUGUUGAUUUGGCUUUGAAUCUUGGAUUUGUUUACAAAGAAGCACCAAGUUCAAAAGCUGAUUUUGAAAUAAUUUUUACAACUCAUCACAAGUUUACAGUCGAGUCAUUGGUAGCAUUUUACUUAUACAAAAUAUGUCAGGCAGAAGGGUUAGAAAAUAAGAGUAUGGACGAAAUGAACAAUGUACUGGCGCCAUUAAAUGAAAAUGAAUGGGAGAUAAUAAGAAAAAGUACACAUUUAAGGUUGACAAGAGACCUUGCAAUUCAAUUCCUAGGUGCUAAUGCUGCCAAGUUUUUGAACCAUUGGAUAACAAAUAAUUGGUUAACUUAUCAUGGGUUAAUAGAACAUUUAAAUUCCAUGCCAGAAAAACACAGGGAAGCUGUAGAGAAGGCACUUAUUGAUCACAUGACCAAGACAGAUUUAGAAAUAAAACCUCACAUUGAUGAUGUGUGUAAUUCUAUGAGGAAGUUCAUCCAUUACAUUAAUCCUGAUGUGGAAGUAAGUCAAGAUGAGCAUUUCAUAAAACUUAAAAGAAAAGUUGAUAAAAUGAUAUAUUUAAUAUCGGAUCACAAACUCAUUGGAAACCUCUGUAAGGAAAAGUCAGCUGAACAGAGAGGACGACUAUAUGCUCACAUGUGGAUUGCUGCACCAAUUAAUGAACGUCGUUUCAAUGCACUCCAAAGUGUGUUGACGCUUGAUGAUGCUAAAUACCUAACAUCUGAAUACCAAAGACUUAAUAUCAAAUUAGAAAUUAACCACUGUGCAUUGUACAAUGCUUCGAUUACUACUUCGUAUUUAGUUUAUAUAUUGAGUAAUGCGCCACAACUUAAAUAUAUUCAUUUAGUACAAAGUACAAAAUUACAGUUAAUUAUUGAAGGUUGUACACAUUGCUUUGGAAUGAACAUAUGGGAAGAUGGAGUUAGGUCUAUUCAUAGGCCUAAUAUUGACAAGUGUAAUCGCAACCUAUCAGGUGUUAUUAUGAGUAUGAUCAGAGAGUGUUCUAUUAGAGAAGUCAAAUUAAAAUUACAGGUCCUUGAUAUCAGUGGUAAUAAUCUCAGCAACAUCGAUGGGUUUUCACUAACUUCUUUAUUGAUUAUUGCUCCUGAAAUUGUUGAACUUAACAUGAAUAAUUGCAGCUUAUCAGGUGUUAUUAUGAAUGAUAUGAUCAGAGAAUGUUCAAGUAAAGGAGUCAAGUUAAAAUUACGUUUACUGGAUAUCAGUAGUAAUAAUUUGAGCCACAUGGAUGGUUGUACUCUAGCUUCUUUAUUUAUUAUUGCUCCUAAACUGUAUUACCUUUACAUGAAUAAUUACUGCUUAUCAGGUGUUAUGAAUGAUAUGAUCAGAGAGAGUGGUGACAAGUUAGAAUUAAGUUCUCUGGAAAUCAGUAGUAAUAAUUUUAGCAAUAUCGAUGGUUGUUCUCAGCUUGCUUCUUUAUUUAUGAUUGACCAUAAGCUAGUUGUUCUGCACAUGGAGAAUUGCAGUCUAUCUGGUAUUAUUAUGAAUGAUGUGAUGAGAGAGUUUUCAAGAAGAGUAAUCAAGUUAGAAUUAAGUCGUCUGACAAUCAGUAAAAAUAAUUUGAGCAACAUUGAUGGUUGUUUACUAGCUUCUUUAUGUAUUAUUGCUCCAAAACUGGAUACCUUUUACAUGAAGGAUUGCGGCUUAUCUGGUGGUAUUAUGAAAGAUAUGAUCAGAGAGUGUUUAAGUAGAGGAGUGAAGUUAAGUUUAGGCUCCCUUGAAAUCAGCAGUAAUAAUUUGAGCAACGUCGAUGGUUGUUCACUGGCUUCCUUAUUUAUUAUUGCUCCAAAACUGAAUAUUCUUCACAUGCAGGAAUGCAGCUUAUCAGGUGUCAUUAUGAACGAUAUGAUCAGAGAGUGUUUAAGUAGAGGAGUCAAAUUACAAUUAAGCUUCCUUACAAUCAGUAGCAAUAAUUUGAGCAACAUCGAUGGUUGUUCACUGGCUUUUUUAUUGAUCAAUGCUUCUAAACUGAGUUCCCUCUACAUGACUAAUUGCAGCUUACGGGGUGUUAUUAUGAAUGAUAUGAUCAGAGAGUGUUCAGGUAGAGGAGCUAAUUUAAACUUUAGCUUCCUUGAUAUCAGUAGUAAUAAUAUGAGCGACAUCGAUGGAUGUUCUCUGGCUUCUUUAUUGGUUAUUGCUCCAAGACUUAGUUCCCUUCACAUGGAGGAUUGUAGCUUAUCAGGUGUUAUUAUGAACGGUAUGACCAGAGAGUGUUCACGAAAAGGAGUCAAGUUAAAAUUAUUUCAUCUUCAAAUCAGUAGUAAUAAUUUGAGUGACAUCGAUGGUUCUUCGUUAUUCAUUAUUGCUACUAAUCUUUAUAUAGAGAAUUGCAGCCUCUCAGGUAUUACUAUGAAUGAUAUGAUCAGAGAGUGUUCAAGUAGAAGAGUCCAGUUAAUGUUAAACACCAUUGAAAUCAAUAGUAAUAACUUGAGUAACAUCGAUGGCUGUUCACUGGCCUCUUUAUCUUCACUAAGAUGCCUCUACAUGAACAAUUGCAGCUUAUCGGGUGAUAUUAUGAAUGAUAUGAUCAGAGAGUGUUUAAGUAAAGGAGUCAAGUUAAGUUUACGCUCCCUUGAAAUCAAUAGUAAUAAUUUGAGCAACAUCGAUGGUUGUUCACUGGCUUCUUUAUUGAUUAUUGCUCCUAGACUUAGUUCCCUUCACAUGGAGGAUUGUAGCUUAUCAGGUGUUAUUAUGAACGAUAUGAUUAGAGAGUGUUCAAGUAGAGAAGUCAAAUUAGAAUUAAUUCGUCUUCAAAUCAGUAGUAAUGAUUUCAGCAACAUAGAUUUUUCUUCACUGGCUUCUUUAUUGGUUAUUGCUCCUGAACUGCAUACACUUUUAAUGACUAAUUGCAAUUUAUCCGACGUACAUACAGAUUUUAUGAAUAGGGAGUGUUCGAUUAGAAUCGAAUUAGCGUUAUAAAAUGUUAAUGUUCGUGGUAAUAAUCUUAGGAACAUUACUGGUUUUUCUUUGCUUCUUUCGUGAUUAUGUCUACUCCUGAUUACAAUCUUGGUUUGAGUAAUACAGUAAUUAAAUAUUAUUCAAGAGAAUUUAUUACUUUACAUCUCUUUACAUCAGUGGUAAUUAUCUCAGCAGCCUUUAUGUGCUUUAUUUUUUUCGUUAGGUUUAUUCACAGAUUACAUUUCUUCUUUUUUCAUGCCUUUUCAUAUCUAUUUCAUGUUCAUAUUAAUCAGCCUUUUGAGGUUCACCAGCUUAAAUUUUUAUGAGAUACAGUUCUACAUAAUAUUAUAAUAUAUAAUAACUGAUUGUUUAAUAAUUAACCAUUCUCAGGAGAGAAUUUUGGCCGGUCGUUAUUGACAAGAAUGCUGUAUUUUGACAGAAAACAAUGUUGACAAUUAGUGAAAAGAUUCAUUUUACCCUCCGUUUGAAUAUCAGCAGCAAUAAUUUGAACAACAACUGAUGGUUGUUUUUUGGCUUCCUUAUUUAUUAUUGCUCCCAAACUGGAUUACAUUAAAAUAAAUAACUGCAGCUUAUCAGGUGUUAUUAUAAAUUAUAUCAUCAAAGAGUGCAAAAGUAGAGGAGUCAAGUUAUAAUUAUGUCGUCUAAAAUUCAUCAGAAUUAAUUUGAGCAUCGAUGGUGUUUCCCUGGAUUCUUUAUUUAUUAUUGCUCCAAAAAUUGACCUUAUAGAGAAUAAACGCUUAUUCGAUUUUACUAUGGAAAUGCUUAAAGAAUAUAAAUUUAGAGAGUUAAGGAGGCUGAAUAACAGUCAAAAUGAUCUCAGCAACAUGGAUGAUUCUUCACUUGUUUCUUUAUUGGAUGUUACUCAUACUCAUGAAAUACAUACCGGUACCGGUGUAGUAUCAAUACCUUUUCGUAUGCAACCAUCAGGCAAAAAGGAAUUUGAACAUCAUAGAUUGCAUGAUAACACAUCAUACAGUAUAAAAGUUGAGUAUAGGGAGUGUUCAAUUAGAGAUGUCAUUAUUUUGAGUUAUACAUUUUUUAUGUUAGUACCAAUAAUCUCAGCAACAUUACUGGCUCUUGCUUCUUCUUUCAUGAUUACGUCUGCUCCUGAUUACAAUCUUGGCAGAGAAAUUUUAAUCUAUCAGGUGAUAUUAUGAAUGAGAUACAGUAAUUAAAUGUUAUUCAGAGCGGAUUCAUUACAUUAUCUCUCGACAUCAGUGGUAAUUAUCUCAGUAACGAUUACGGUAUGUUCUAUAUUUUUUUUAAAGUUUAAAUUCACAGAUUAUUUAAUUUCUUCUGUUUUGCAUGCCUUUUUUUAUUUAAUUAUUUUAUAUUCAUAUAGUCAACCUUUUAAGGUUUUCCUGCUCUAAUUGUUUGAGAUAUAACUCUACAUAUAAUGAUUAUUAUCAUCUAUAAUAACUGAUUAAUAAUUAUUUAUAUUAACCGUUCUCAAGAGAGACCAACGCUGAAUGCACUGACUGCACAAAUGCUGACACUCAGUGAAGAGUCGUUGGAGUAUAAAUACUACAAAAAACUAAAAACAAAGCAAGUUACCAGAAGAAAAAUCCCCUUCUAGUCAAGGGGUUCUCAACUAUAUUGCAAUAGGGGAAAAAAUUGUUGAAUAAAUUUGAAGGGCCAUGCCAAGGUUCUAUGGCGAGUUUGGGAGGGCACUCCUUCAGGAAUCAGAAAAACGAAUUUUGAAAAUGAAAAUCAGCUUUAUUAUUAUUAUUAUUAUUGUAUACUUAUAUAGCGCAUAUCAAACUUCUCUAUGCGCUGAACAUUAUUACCCCGGAUCACUGGAUCAAGCACA